UCGGUCCCUCCGCAGAAACAACUGGGGAAGCGGUGAAGCGAAAUGGAGAUACAGUGCUCGCUGGACGUCCGGUACGCCGAACAAAUCGCUGCGCUUCUUCGACCGCCGUCUCCCCAAGAAAUUCAGCUGAGAUAUUCCAUUGUUCUUCAUGAAUCAUGAAACAAGUACUCACACCGUCCUACUGCGCUGGAUUGUUGGCAUAAUUCAAAGCACCCCACCAUUGUACAACAGGACUAUUUUGAGCAUCUCCUAGCUGCGAGAAAUUGUCAUGGCCUUAAGAUCAAGCAAAGCGGAGAAAUAGGAAAAGGUCAGCCGACGUGGUGCCUAGAAUUGUGUUUACAUCAAAAUCAACGCAGUCCUGCCAAUGAAGCCUUGGGCCUUCAUCUAUGAACCACAGGUUGCGAUAUUAAUAUAAAACUGGCCUAGCACUUUGAUUGGCAGGGUUCCAUUUGCCAGAGUCAUCACAGCAGCACCUACCAUCAAUACAGGAGCCUUGCGAUCUAUGUUCAACGUAUGUCCACCCACGUAAUAGGUGUAUAUGCGAACAUGGAUUUCGAGGAGGAAGAUUUGGUCUUGAAGGAUCAAAUGUUGGUCGGUGCUCAGCACUUCUCUAAUAAGGCUGAAGCAUUUGUCUGUAGCCACUGUUUUUGUUAUAUUGGCUCAAUAGAGCUCCAAAUUGGAAGAAGGCUCUAUCUUAGAAGUUUGAAGAAUCGAGAUACUGAAGACCUUAAGGAUCAUGUGCAUACAUCAAAGCAGUCUAAAGUGCCUGAAAGUAAUGUCUCAGAUGUUCAUGUCCAAAAAACUGCAGGCUCCUCAAAGGGUGCCAUUCCUGAAGGAAUGGUUGACGCUUUGAUGAAUGGUGGAUUGACUUUACCAUACUCAAAAGAAUUUCCUUUGCCUCCUGUUUUUUCUUGUAUUGGAGGAUGCAGAGAGGAAUACUACUGCAGCAAGUCGUGUGCAGAGGCUGACUGGGAAUCAUGUCAUUCUUUAUUAUGCGUUGGGAAGGAAUCAGGUGGAAGUGGAACAUGCCGAGAAGCACUUGCUAGGUUCUAUGAACAUGCUGCUGAAACGAAUGAUAUUUUCAUCCUUGCAGCCAAGGUAAUCUCAUCUACUAUUCUAAAAUACCAAAAUUUGAAAACAGCUAAUCAUGAAUGCCAAAAGAAGAAAAUGAAGACAAGUGAGAUAAGCGGCCCCAACUUUCCUUUUCUUCUGGAGGCUUGGAAGCCUUUCUCCAUGGGGUAUAAACAAAGAUGGUGGGAUUGUGUGGCUCUGCCAGAUGAUGUUGAAUGUUCUGAGGAAACUUCCUUCAGAAUGCAGAUGAAAGACCUAGCAUUUAAGUCAUUGCAGCUUCUGAAAGCAGCAAUAUUUACGGAGGAAUGUGCACCUUUAUUUUCUCUGGAAAUAUAUGGGCAUAUCAUUGGCAUGUUCGAGCUAAACAAUCUAGACUUGGUUGUUGCAUCUCCUGUGGAAGACUAUUUUAUCCAUAUCAGUGACCUUCCACCCCUUGAAAUGGAAGAAGCUGACAAAUUCACACGACCUCUCUUAGAUACUCUUGGCGAUGAUUAUGCAGUUUCUUGUGAAGGAACAGCAUUCUUUCCUAUUCAUAGUUGCAUGAACCAUUCUUGCUGUCCAAAUACGAAGGCUUUCAAAAGAGAUGAGGAUAGGGAUGGUCAAGCAACAAUAAUUGCACUAAGACCCAUAUCGAGAGGUGAAGAGGUUACCAUCUCAUAUAUUGAUGAAGACCUUCCAUGUGAGGACAGGCAGGCAUCACUUGCUGACUACGGGUUCCAGUGCAACUGUCCUAAGUGCCUCGAAGAAUAGUGACCAUCUUCAUUGUUCCUGAUUGAUUUUUGUGAGAAUACUAUAAGAUUCACUAGCAUUAAUGAGUUCAGAAUCCUAUAUUCAUUUUGCCAAUUGAAAAGGACAUUGAGGUUCA